GACACUUUUAGUUUUCACUCACAGUUCUCUCUUCGCCCGUCCGUUCUCCACCUCUGCUCGACGCCACCGCCGGUCGCCCUCGACGCCACCGCCGCUGAUCUCUGCUCGACGGUCGAGGCCACCUCCGCUCGCCCUCGAUGGCACAGCGGCUGACCCCUGGCUCGCCGUUUGCCCUCGACGGCACCGUCGCUUGCCCUCAACGCCACCGCUCGCUGAUCCCUGCUCGAGGCCACCUCCUCUCGCUCUCGACGGCACCGCCGCUGACCUCUAGCUCGCCGCUUGCCCUCGACGCCACCGCCGCUCACCCUCGACGCCACCACUCGCUGACCCCUGCUCGAGGCCACCUCCGCUCUCCCUCGACAGCACUAGCGACUUGUCUCCCAGAUAAAGCAGGCCGAAGGCUGCUUCUCAUAGUAUCCUCAUCCGCAAUGACUUUGACCCUUCUUUUUGUGGCCGUGGCGUUCUAUAUAGAGAGUUCUGCUUCAGAUUUCAGAAGACUCUCAAUUAUACAGCAUAAUGGGAAUAUUGUCGGUUGUCGGGCUUGUGUAGCAAAUAUGGGAAGGACAUGGAUAGAUAUGAAGAAUACAGUAAAGCCGUACCAGCAAUAUUGGUGGCUGCUUUCACUCUCUCUUUUGUGACAAAGCUCAACUUGCAGGUUAUGCCUUUCCCAUGAGAAUAUGCACUUGAUAGAUUAUGUCAUUGCAAGCGAAUGGGUUCAACCUCAGUGGCUGAAAUUUUUGUUUGCCUUGCUUUAUAACCUCAGCAUCCUCUUUUACAGGAAUAAGCAAGUAGAAGAGGAGCAAGGAUUUGUAAGGAAUGGACAUGCUGAUAAAUGGGAAAGGGUUCACCAAAUUCGAGAUAA